AUGAUGCAGUUGUCUCUGUCACGUUUUGAAAAACUGUUGCUAAAGCGGGGCGAUAGCACCGACAAAAUCCCCCUUCCAGAAUGGAGGCAAAACAGCAAGCCGCGCACUCAACUCGCCCAAUUGGCGCAUCAAGGCAGAGGACAGUCCAAAUGGCCACAGUCCCAGGUUUUCAAAUCAGCCGACCAGUUCGCCCCGCUCCCCGUUCAACAGAUCAUCUCCCCAGGCGAUAGCGGAGGGCAGACGUCUCUAUUGCCUCUCCCUAGCGAGCGGAUUGACAUCUCGAUCGACCCCUUUACCGGCCGCAACCCCUCCUACUGUUUUGUAGACUUGGAAACAAAAGAUCAGGCUGAUCGGGCGAUGAAAGAACUAGACGGACGGGAUCUGCUUGGACGCCCAGUCAGAGUCAAGCCGGGAGUUGCCAAAUCGACCCAGGACCGCUCAUUCUCCAGGACGACUGACAGCCCAUCCCCCCGUGCCAAUGACAAGACAGGCUCGCCUUCAUACACUUUUGACCGCUGGCAGCGAAAUGACGCUUCUGCCCACUUUAAGGGGUACAGUGAACAGGGUCGCCGGUUAUAUGUCGGCGGUCUCCCCAAGCUAUCCAGCCAGCUGACCAUCGACAAUGAAAUCCGCAACUUUUUCAAGGGGUACAAUGUCGAGGCGAUAAGCAAGCUCAUCUCACCGCACCCGUCCAAACGGUUCGAACCCGGGAACCAUUAUUAUCUUUUUGUUGAUUUUGCGAGUGCCGAUGAGGCAUCUGCGGCCAAGGCCUCCUUAAAUGGCCAAGAGGGCCCCUGGGGAGGUAAAAUUAAAAUUGGCCACGCUCGCGGGGAGUCGUGGAAGCCCGAUGAGAGGAAAAACUGGGAGGCUGCUCGCGGGAAAGACUUGCCAUCGACGAGCGCUGAGACGAGGGAAACGACAGCUGCUGCUGCAUAG